CGGGCCGGCCGAGUUUCGUCGGCCGCUCGCACAAAAGCCCAAAGAUGCAAAAGUCUGCCAUCUUGGUUCUUCUCCUCUGGUGGAUCAGCGGGACACUCGGCGAGUCAUGCGAGGGCAAAUGCCGCCAAUCGUCGGGGUCUUGUUCGUGCCGGCCCACGUGCGCGUCUCUGGACAACUGCUGUCCUGAUUACCGUCAAUUCUGCGUGGAAUUCUCCCCGCAGUCGGGAUCCAUUUUGGGCGGCACCGACUUUGUCCUACUCCACGCCACUUUCAACCAAAGUUCUCAAAUCCUCUGCAAGUUCGUGGACAACAUCAGGACCAAGGGUUACGUGGACUCGAACCAGCGCGCCCACUGCGUCUCGCCCCUCCUCUACCAAACCGGCUGGAUCCCCGUGGAGGUCUCCUCCAAUUACGGCAUCACCUUCAACAGAGCGGGCUCCUGGCUGGCGGUGCAUACCGGCAAGCUGGACUCCAAGUUCAAGGCGGUUUUGGUGAACUCCACCAAGUGGCAGUACUACGGCACACCCGGGGUGGGCGGCGCCUUGCAGGUGACCUGGAACACGUCGCUGGUCCAAGCAAAGAGGGUCAACAUUGAGCUGUGGGGCUACAGGGAGAUUGGAAAGCCCUACUCGGAGCAGUGGCGUGCCGAGUGGAGGUACCUCUACUCCCUGGCCACGGAUAGCGGCAACACGGGCAGCUACACUUUUGUGCCUCAACCUUCAGCCAAGUUCUCAAGUUGGGAACUCGGAGCGCUCCGGAUCAGUUCGAGCGCAAACCCGAAUGGUUUGGUGAAUGUGGAAGCGGCGUGGACGGAGGACCACGCCCUGGCCUGGCACCUGGACCAGAAGUUCCGUAACGACUCUGGGGCUUGGGCGCUGGACAAAUGUUUAGCGUGGGACAUGCUGGAAAACGACCUGCCCAACUUCCUGGACGAAAUUAUCGACUGCCCCUGCACCCUGGCGCAGGCCCGGGCUGACACGGGAAGAUUCCACACGGAUUACGGCUGCGAUAUGGAGAAAGGCAGCGUGUGCACGUACCACCCGGGCAGUAUUCACUGCGUGAGGGCCGUGCAAGCCAGUCCCACCUACAGGGCGGGUCAGCAGUGUUGCUACGACAGCAGCGGCGCUCAGGUCCUGACGGCCGACUCCAUCGGAGGGAGCACCCCGGACCGGGCCCACGACUGGGGCUCGCCCCCCUACCGCGACCCCCCUCGGGUGCCCGGCCAGUCCCACUGGGUGUACGACGUCCUCAGCUUCUACUACUGCUGCCUCUGGUCUGACAACUGCCACUACUACUUCAAACACAGACCCUCCAGCGACUGUCGGCGGUACCAGCCUCCCGCCUCAGCUGUUGUGUUUGGAGACCCACAUUUCAUAACGUUCGAUGGCGUCCGCUAUUCUUUCAACGGCAAAGGCGAGUACACUUUGCUGACGUCUCGCGGAAAGCAUCUGACAAUCCAAGGCAGAACCGAGCCGGUCAACGAAAAUGCGACCAAGCUGUCGUCCGUGGUGAUGAGAGAAGCCAGGUCGGACAUCAUCGAGGUGCGUCUGGUCCCCGGUGAUUCCAACCUACAAGUGCUGCAAAAUUUUAAGCGUCUUCUGUUCAAUGAGCAGAGCUGGAUGGACCUGGGUGGUGUGUUUGUGUUUUCGCCUUCCGGCGCCAACGUGACGGUGAUGUUCCCCAGCGGCGCUGGCGUGGAGGUGCGUCUCCGCGGCCCUGCCGUUACGGCAACGGUGCUGCUGCCGGAAGAAUUCCACAACUCCACACGGGGCUUGUUGGGCAACUUCAACGGCGUGGCCGGCGACGACCUGCUUCCCGCCCACGGCGGCUUGGCGGCCGGCGCCAAUAACGCUGAGGAGGUUUUCAACUUUGGGGCUAGCUGGGCUGUCUCCAACACAUCCGCCUUGUUUACGUACGAUUCCAAAUACCUUUUGGACACCUUUUACAAUUCUCCGAGACACGACCCCGACUUUAUUCCAGCGUUUUCAGUCCCAGACAAUCCCAACGACCCGCUCUACAAUAUUGCUUCGGACAUUUGCUCUGGAGACGACUCUCUUUUCUGCAGGUAUGAUAUUUUGGUGGGUCGGAGUUCGGAGCUGGGAAAGGCCACCAAAGCCUCGUUGGCUGGUCACAUUUCUCUUGUGGGAGACUUAAAGCCUGUCAUUUCCUGCGGUUGGCUGGCGCCUCCGACUAACGGCAAGAAGGAGGGCACCACCUACCUGCAAGGGGCCACGGUGCGCCUGCUGUGCCACGACGGCUUCACGCUGCAAGGACCGGCCCAGCGCACGUGCCAGGCGGACGGCACGUGGUCGGCGGGAGGCGACACCGUUUGCGUUCCCAACAGUCCCACUAGUAACAACACGGCCGUAAUCGCCGGUUCUGUGGUCGGCGUUCUACUGGGGGUCGCGCUAAUAACGACGGGGCUCGUCCUCUGGACCAAAAAACGGUCGAGAAGGUCAACGGGCAUGAAUGUCAAUCUUUAACCGAGAGCGGGCCCUCCCUCCCUUCCUCCUCCUUUCAACCUUUGUCAUAGAGCACGAGUAGUACAGCGGCUUAAUUGUAUUCUGCUGACAUUGCAC